GCUAAGAGGACUCGGGCAGGGAGAUGCCGGAGCAGUGUGCGAGGAAGCAGCAGAGUGACUGUCACUGAGAGAGCCGAGCGAGCGAGACGCACAGAGAGACGCACAGAGAGACGCACAGCGAGACGCACAGUUAAGACACACAGCCAGAGAGACUAGCAGGCCCUCCAUGGACUCCUCAGUGGCCGUGUACCAUGGGAACAUCGGCAAGGCCUUGGGCGAGAGGAGGCUGGCCGACGCAGGCAAGGAUGGAAGCUACCUGAUCAGGGACAGCGAGUCAGUGGCAGGGGUAUACUGCCUGUGUGUGCUGUGCAAAGGCUACGUCUACACAUACAGGCUACAUCAAGAUGCAGAGGGCUCCUGGUCUGCAGAGACAGCAGCGGACCAGAAGAAGCGCUUCUUUCGGAGAGUCAAGAACCUUAUAAAUGCCUUUGAGGAGCCGGAUCAGGGCAUAGCCAUCCCUCUCCUCUACCCAGUUCCCUCACCCUCACCGGGUCACUCACCCUUAAAGGAGCAACAGCCCAGGCUUGACGCCCAGAAUCUCAACCAGAACCACAUCCAGCCCCUGGGAAAGAAAAACAAGCACUCGCCUAGAGUUAAGCCCAAAAAACGGCCGUCCCUCUGAGAAAUAGUUUUUUUCCCCCAUCCUUUUUUCCCAAACAGCUUCUGCAGAAACUCUGAAUUGUGAAAACAGGCCAGAUGUUCUCAGUUGAUCCCGCAGAGAACUUUCUGGUUAUUUCGUCCUCAUUUUAUUUCCCUGCUCACAUCUUGUGUGCAGAGUUUCAUUUCUCUCUCUCUCUCUCUCUCUCUCUCUCUCUCUCUCCAUCUGUUGUUCCUUUUCAUCACUGUAUUUUUUUGAAAAUUUGUUCUCCACAUUAUGAUGUAUAAUUCUAUGAAUUAAUUCCAGUUAAAGUGCUUCUGGCUUCUAGCAUAUUCUCCAGCGUUAUCAUCUCAUCUUGACUGAGACGUUUUUUCCGCCUAUAAGUAGAAAUGUCAAAAAGUACCUCUACAGCACUGUAUCAGACGGUUGUCGACGUGCUCAAGUCAACUACUGACGUAAGAGAGAGAGAGUGAAAAAAAAAACGUUCUAGAUUUUACUGACAAAAACACAUCUGCUCUUGCACAAGGUGUUGGGCGCACUUCUUUUCCAGCCGCAAAACACGUAUGCAGGAUGGAGUCAUGCAUUCACCCACAGCCAUUUUUGCAAACUGACACAGGAAUCGUUACUCCUUUUAUGUCAUUGCACGCACAAACAGGGCCUACUAUCACAACAGUCGUUGAUGUGAUAAUUGCGCUACUGUUUUAGGAUGAAGACAUUUGUAAUGAUGCCUGAGAAAUGAACUGUUAUAUAGGCUAAUUAUUGUUUUGUAAUAAAGUGUUAUAUAAAUAAUAAUUAUCCUGCUGUAUGACUGCACAUUGUGUAUCCUUCCCAAUGCACCUUGACAGCCUAAUUUAGCCUAUGAAAUAUUCUUUCCUAUCUUACGUUAUGAGGUAGGCUAUCAUGCGUAGGUUCUAGACUAGAAACUGCUAGACGGAAAGAUAAGUGGAUCCAAGGCUGCAGCUAGGGAGAAACUCCCUAAAGACAUAGAGCUCUGUUAGGAGGCCCUUACUGUCUGCAUGCAGUCUAGAGAGCUGGCUGAUAUUACAGGCAUGAAACACUUACUUGUAAAACAUUUUGUCACAUAAUAGGCCUACUCUUCGAGGCAGAGUUCUGAACAGGGUAUACAAACCAUGCAGAAGUUUUGGUUUCACUGUUUGUUUAGAGAUACAGUCUCUUCUAUGAACUCCUUCCUUAUUUUGACUAAUAGCAUGUCUGUGUCACGAGCCGUCCAGACAGACCCUAAUAUGUGAAAUGUGUUUUAUGUGAUAAUGUGAAAUCUGUGCAUUCAGGUAAUCUGCACCCAGUAAAAUCUCCACAUUUAAGGUCUGCUGGAAGAGACUUUGGCAUACUAGAUGUGUUUUUUUGGUGUUCAGAAACAGGGUAAAGAUAUCGUUUAAUAUAGUGCAUUAUCAAUGUCUGUGGUGAGGAAACUUCUCAGUGGUUGUGCAGAGUUGCAAUAUAUUAUUCCAUCCAAUAAAGUUAGUUUUCUUUUUUAGGACA